AUGCUUAAGAACGACAGACUGGCAACACUCCAGCCGACUUUGCACCCAACCUCGGAAGAACUCGCUAUUGGCGCUGUUAAAUUCACCACUUACGAUCUAGGCGGUCACCAACAAGCGAGAAGACUGUGGAAGGACUACUUCCCUGAAGUUGACGGCGUUGUCUUCCUAGUCGACAGUCAAGACGUGGAGAGAAUGAACGAGACUAGAAUAGAGCUCGACGCUCUGCUCUCCAUCGAGGAACUCUCUAGGGUUCCUUUCCUCGUUCUCGGUAACAAGAUUGACGCUCCUGGCGCUGUCUCUGAAGAAGAACUCCGUCAGUCUCUCGGUCUCUGGCAAACUACCGGCAAGGGCAAGGUACCCCUUAAAGACAUUCGUCCUAUUGAAGUCUUCAUGUGCUCCGUCGUUAUGCGUCAAGGCUACGGUGAAGGCUUCAGAUGGAUCUCGCAAUACAUGUAA